UGCGAGUUGAAGUCUUUUUUGUACUUUCUGAAAAUGGCUGUUUAGUCAUCAAGGGCUCGGGUAGAAACAUCAAAAUUUCAGCCUUAUAAACGCCAUAACCACUCAAAAUACCGGCCUAACAACUACUAAACAUAACAGUGGGAAGGCUCCGUAAGAUUUCCACCUCGUUAAGAGGAAAAUGGAAGUUGAGGAGCCUAGCAAAAACGUCGGCUCUGUUCAUGCACGAGGGAAAUCAGAGAAGAAAGACAGCAAUGGCGGUGAGAAACCUUUCUCAAAAGAAAAUGAGGAAGUACCAAGUGCCAUUGGGACUGAAGAAAAAACGGCAAAGGACAGUCUUGGAGACGGAGAGAGUGAACCAGAAGCCACACGUGUGAUGUACUCGAAGGAUGAGCUUGUUGCUUUGAAAGAAAGUCCCAGUUGUCGUGCUUGGCCAAGUAUCUUGUCUGAGGAGUUUGUUAGAAAUGGUAUCUGGGACCCUGAGAUUUGGCACCAGUCAAGCCUUAGCGAGAAAAGAUGUGCAUCUCCUGUGGAUGACAUAAGAAGGCAAAUGCUGGAAGAUGGAAUAGUUCUUAGCCCACAGCGUCAGAGUUUUGGUCAAGGCUGCCAUGUGCCACAAAGCGCACCUGAUCGAGCAGCACUGACGGAAAGACCCAAGAGUAUGCUGACAAGGACACUGGACAGGGAGCCGAGAGAUGGUCGCAGCAGACUAACUGGGCGUGUUGGUAGAGGGGGCAGGACAACAGAGUACAGAGAGAGGGAGAGACCACCAUUAAGAGAACGGAACAGGAGCUCAGAUGUUAGACAGUCCAGCCCAUGGGAGAGGGGACUGGGUGAAAGAAAAACAGGAAGGGAGGACAAUAGAAAAGACCGAAGGAGAGAUGUUGAAGAAGAACCAGAGUGGCUAAACUACGAACCAGAUUCAUCAGAAAUAGUGGAACUAAAAGGUUUUGAUGAUGACAUGUUCCCCGAGAGACAAAGAAAAGGAAAGCGCAAAACCAUCCUAGAUGAGCUGGUUACAGCAGGGAAUGACUUGAAGUCAUUUUCAGGUGUUUCAAAACAAACACCAGAACCUGUAGGAGAUAAGACAAAGGAUGACAAAGGCUUUGAUCUCGACCAAUUCUUCAUGACUGACACAGUAGUGCAGUUUUCUGGCAUGGCUGAUCAGCAAAAUGCCAGCCGGUUUAGCCAGUUCUUUGGUGUUCAUGGCAGUGGAAGUCACAAUGGAAGCCGACGUUCCUCAACAGCUGAAGAAUUGAUGGAGUACUCGGGACUGUCCAUUGGUAGUCCCGUCACCUCUCAUACAGCUUCACCCACUCAGCCUUUUGUAUUUGUGCCAAUCAAACCUGUGGAUGCCUCCACGGACCCCGUGUCACUUGAGGAAAUGCUGGAGAAGACUAGAAUUGAUGUCAAGCCCCUCUUGGAGAAUGUUCUCUCCUCUGAGAAGGAUGACAAUGCAAGGGUGAAAGGUCCAUGUCGAUUGGAAGAUUUAGAACAACAAGUUUUGUCCAAAAAAGAGAAACAGUUAAAGAAAGAACCUGCAGAUACAGUAGAAGACAAGCCACCAAGUUCUCAGGAAAGUACUGGCCAGGACAUGGCUGCUUUUUUCAAGCUUGUGGAGACAAUGAAAUCCUCAGGCCAUCUUCCUGAGAAACCCCAGCCUGUUAUCCCGGGUCUUCCUAGCAAGUACCUACCACGCCCACCAUCCCCCAAGCUUAGCAAAUCUCCUUCACCCCUUCAGAAACUUCGCAGGUCACCAUCACCAGCCGAGAUGGUGCAGCAACUGAUGAUGCAGACUCAGAUGCAGCCGCGACGACCACCAUCACCGGCGCAAGUAGUUCCUCAGCUAGAUGGCUCUCAAUCCCCAUUUGAGAUCCUGCACAAGUCCAUUGUGAUGUCUCCUCAUGAUCUGCUGCCAGUAUCCAUGCACAGACAAACACCAUCCCCAGUGAACUACAUGCAUGCUGACAAAGGACUAAAGCCCCUCCUAGGGCCAGAGGCAUUCACCAGCCCAGUACCUAGUCAGAGCUUCAUGUCUCCCCGGCCACCGAUGGGUAGGCUGCCACCAUUUGACCUUGCCAUGAACUCCCCACAAUCGCAUCAAACACCAAGCAAGAUGCACAUGGGUAAACCACUGGACAUGACCAAGACAAAGUCUAUUGGAAAAGAGGUGCCGUCCUCAUUGAGGGACCUGGGAUUCAUGCCAACUUCUGUCCUUAUGCACAUGAAGAAAGAUCAGAUGACGCCAAAGGGGAAAGAUGAGGCAAAGAGUGUAGACCAUGUUAAUGAGGAAGAAGGAAAAUUCAUCAACGGAAAUGAGACCAGGGAGAGAAAUGAGGGGGUAAAGCCAGCAGAAAGGCCUUUGUCGCCUAAGUCACAGCUGCUCAGAGAAAUAGCAGCAUCCGGACCAAUAUCAAGAGCUCCUGCCAACGGGCCCGUAUCACCACAGCAAACUCGAAACAUCCCUCACAAUGAUGGCUCCCCUCUGCUGAAGCCUACAGCUUUCAGACCUUACCCUGGAUCUAGCUAUUCUCCAGAAAAAUCUGGUAGCCACUCUGAGCCGCAGUCACCAGGAAGGGGCCACCAAUCAGGGUCCCCUAAUCGCAGACAGCUGCCUCACUCUGCUCCUGUGACACCGCAGAGACAUCCACAUGGUGAAAACAUGAUCCACAGGUCACCCCUUGUGGGCAAGUCAAGCACUGAGGAGGUUAGGGGUGAUGUCAUGGAGAGGGAGAUGAUGAUCCGCGCUAAAGCUGAUGAACAGAUAAGGAGUGAAAUGAAGGCUAGAAGUGCUGCAUUUUCAAAUGGCCCUUUGCAGGGUAAAGGCGCAUACGAGCAUGAGAGACUUGUUCAACAGCAGCUUCUACAGCAUCGCAUGGGGAACAGACAAAAUGAGCGUUCCUCUCCUCAGAGACACGAAGAGGGGCAACAACAACUACAAGGUGGUAACCACUCUCCUGGUCAACACCAUAUGCAGCAGAGAAGAGAGGCCUUACCCGAACAACAUCGCCAGGGUAGACCCAUCCCAGUCAUGCGGCAACACCCUCGGCAGGACUACUCCCCUAUGCUGCAGGCCAUGCCAGACAUGCGUCCAAUGCACUCUCCAGACCUCUACCGUCACAGGGCUAUGCCUCCAACGCACAUGGCAGGGGGGAGAAUGUCACCCCAGUCUCUGUUGGGCACCCCCCGAAUGCCACCGACGCACACGCCCUUCAACUCACCCAUGGUAGGUAUUCCUGUGCACCACAAGCAGGGCACCCCCCCAGGCAUGAUGAGACCUACCAUCCACCCUGCGCAAUACCUCAGGAUGAUGCAACAUGCAGGGAGAGUCCCUCCCAACGUGCCUAUGCAGCCGCCCAUGUUUCCAGGUCAGUCCCCACUCAUGUAUGGACCAGGAAUGGGUGGUUAUGGUGGCGUGAACCCUGCAUUGCUUGGCCAAACGUCCAACUUCCCUGGAGGGCCGAGACCUGCUAAUAUGCGUGGUCCUCCUCAAGUAUCUAGCCCGCAGCCCCACUACGGCGAGACCAACAAUGCCUCCAACGACAACAUCCUCUCUAAGUGGUUCGGGGAAGACGUGCUUCGGGUCAACCCUGUGGCGAAAGCACAAAAACCGCCAGACUUUAGCAAAAAGGUAUUAUCACUGGAAGAGGUAGAGCGACAACAUGCCAUGGUAAACACGUGACUCGUGCCGUUAAUUAACCAAAAACAACCAAUGGGUGAGCGCCAUGGACAGCUUGCGCCAGUAUGAAUUAUUUGUCAAGGACUCCGUGUUAUUCAGUCGGAACUUGUGUUUGUUGCAUCCGCCAUUGAGACCGUGUCAAAACAGUGUUGGGAGUUUUGUGUUUAGCGCGUGUCAGUAAUGUUAUUUUAGUUGUAGUCUCGAUGCUUUCUUGGGGAUUAGAGGAACUUGGCUGGAUCUUCUUCACGUGCAUUCGUCAGUAUCAAAAUCUAACAAAAUACUGAAAAAAAUUAAGAAUGAAAGGGGUGGUGAUCAUUAAAUUUCCAGUGGAAUGCAUUAAUAUAUGCAACGAUUCACGAAACGCCUGUCAACAUCGGUCAUUGUGUGUGAGGCACAAUUUGACAUUCUCGUUAAAGUUCGCUUCAACCCUUGAAGCUCUUAUCUCAGUCUUAACACCCUUAAUACUCGUAUACUUUAAAUUAUAAAUUAUCUCUGUAGUCAGGCAUCCCUUUCCUUCCCACUUGGUCGAGUCGAGAGUCUCUUGUCCCCAAGAUAGGUGUGUUAUCGCUGUUUUAACAUUGCAAAUGUUCUUCCGUGAUCGUCCCAUUAACUGUUAUAGAACACUUAUUGCAUCUUGUAAGAUGAGCCAUCGAGUCAUCUAGUGUAAAUAGUCGUACCCUUCAACUGGAGAGAAAGAGUGACGUAAAAUAACGGAAGCAAACUACUACAAAUUCACCUCCUUCACCAUCAAGCCUUUCGCAAAAUGACGACCAAGUACAGCAUAAACGUUCCCAAAACAUGUUGGAAUUAGCUAUAUAGCCAUAUAGAGAAAAUUCGCAUAAUAAAAGCGUAGUUGUAAGUCGCAAGGAUGAUCGCUAGAGGGACGUAGUAAAUGCCGAUUUACUCACUUGUAAUAAGGCAACCUAGUAAUUUGUCAAGAGAGAAAAUCUCCAGUAUACAAUUAGUGUAAAAAGAAGAAAAAAAACUAAAGAAAAAAAGCCUACUGUACAAAGAAAUGGACCAAUAUGUGAAAUGUUUGUAUAAAGUGACAAUAACA